UCUUUUUGCUGGUACUGAGACUCAUAGACAUUACAUUACUAUUGAACUAAGGCAUCAUUCAAAAUGAGGAGUGUUGUAGCUAUGCUGGUGCUGAUGUUCUAUCUGUCUGGGGCCUGGGCUGAGGGAGAGAGUAAAGGAGGGAUGGAUCAGAUUGACCAGAACAUUCUAUUCACUACCAUAGAUGCUGUCUGGGAUGAGCUGAAUCACCUGAGACUCAUGCUGAACAACACAAAGAAACGAGUAGAGAAGUUGGAGAAUAAGAACACAGUCCUGGAGGCCAGAGUGACAGCCAGUGAGAGCCAGGUGGUGGAACUGAAGAAAGAGAAUGCAGUCUUGGAGGCCAGAGUGACAGCCAGUGAGAGUCGGGUGGCGGAACUGAAGAAAGAGAAUGCAGCCCUGGAGGUCAGAUUGACAGCCAGUGAGAGCCAGCUGAAGGAUCUGAAGGGGAAGAAUGCAGACCUGGAGGCCAGAGUGACAACCAGUGAGAACCAGGUGGAAGACUUGAAGAAAGAGAUUGCAGGCCAAGCAGCACUAAUGUUAUCCUUGGGAAGCCAACUAACAGCCCUUCAGAGCCAGAUGGCAGAACUGAAGAAAGAGAAUGCAGAUCAAGCAGCACAGCUGUCAGCCCUGGAGAACACAGUGACAGCCAGUGAGAGCCAGGUGGCAGAGCUGAUGGCCAAAAAUGCAGCCCUGGAGGCCAGAGUGACAGUCAGUGAGAGUCAUGUGGCAGAACUGAAGGGAAAGAACGCAGUCCUGGAGGUCAGAGUGACAGCCAGUGAGAAACAGGUGGAGGAGCUGGAGAAAGAGAAUGCAGACCAAGCAGCACAACUGUUAUCCUUGGGGAGCAGAGUGACAACCCUUCAGAGCCAGGUGGCAGAACUGAAGAAACACAAUGCAGCCCUGGAGGCCAGAGUAACAGCCAGUGAGAACCAGGUGGCAGAACUGAUGGGAAAGAAUACAGCCCUGGAGGCCAGAGUGACAGUCAGUGAGAGUCAUGUGGCAGAACUGAAGGCGAAGAACGCAGUCCUGGAGGCCAGAGUGACAGCCAGUGAGAGACAGGUGGAGGAGCUGGAGAAAGAGAAUGCAGACCAAGUAGCUGAACUGUUAUCCUUGGGGAGCAGAGUGACAACCCUUCAGAGCCAGGUGGCAGAACUGAAGAAACACAAUGCAGCCCAAGCAGUAGAACUGUCAGACUUGAAGAACAGAUUGACAACCAGUGAGAGUCAGGUAGCUGAACUGAAGAAAGUAAAUGCAGCCCUGGACACCAGAUUGACAGCCAGCGAAAGGCAGGUGGCAGAACUGAAGAAAGCGAAUGCAGCCCUGGAGGCCAGAGUGACAGGCAGUGAGAGUCAUGUGGCAGAACUGGAGAAAAAUAAUGCAGCCUUGACGACCAGAGUGACAGCCAAUGAGAGCAAGCUGGAGGAACUGAAGAAAGAGAAUGCAGCCCAAGCAGCAGAACUGUCAGACUUGAAGAACAGAGUGACAACCAGUGAGAGCCAGGUGGCAGAGUUGAAGAACAGAGUGACAACCAGUGAGAGCCAGGUGGCAGAGUUGAAGAACAGAGUGACAACCAGUGAGAGCCAGGUGGCAGAGUUGAAGAACAGAGUGACAACCAGUGAGAGCCAGGUGGCAGAGUUGAAGAACAGAGUGACAACCAGUGAGAGCCAGGUGGCAGAGUUGAAGAAAGAGAAUGCAGCCCUGGAGGCAAGAUUGAGUGUCGCUGAGAGCCAGGUGGAGGAACUGAGGCUAGACAGAAGACAGGUGGCCUUUUCUGUUGGUUUGACGGACUCAGGAUAUGUGGGACCCUUUCAAACUGAGAUCACUCUGGUUUAUGAAAAAAUCUUCACCAACAUCGGCAACGGUUACGACACAAACUCUGGUAUGUUUUCAGCACCAGUGAGAGGAGUCUACUACUUCACAUUCACCUCCAUGGGCCGAGAGCCUGGACAGAAAAUGGGUGUUUACUUGGUCAAAAAUGGAGAGCAAAUGAUAUACAACGUCCAGGACAACUUCCAUGGUGGUUAUGAGUACAUGACAGGCGCCGUGGCUCUGGAGCUAGAGAAAGAUGACCUGGUGUACUUAAGGCUUCCUAAGGGCUGGGGGCUGUAUGAUGACAACUACAACCACAUUGUCUUUACUGGCAUCCUGCUCUUCACCACCAACCCUGCUAUGGGCCGACUCCACUAGUCCCUCUCCGUCCUCCUACAGUCUUCAAUAAACAUGGAAUGAGUGA